AUAUUCUGUCAAUCGACACAGGGACCCAGAUUUCGUUCAUAUGGCGUUGAUAAUACUAAAUGAGCGAUUUUUCGUAAUCAGAAGCACAGUUGCCGGCUCGCGGCUCGCGGCUGGCGGCCGACCGCCCACCGCAGUCGGGGCGGCCCGACAGCCGUCCGCGCCGAGGUUAUAAAAGCCUGUCCUCGGCCGCGCCGGACGUAAACGUAAGCCAGCCGCCGUGGUGAGUGGAUCACGCUCCGUCUGUGUCGUAUCGCUCAGCAAACCAGUCAUGUCUGACGACGCUCCUGCUGCGACUACUGCUGCUGCUGCUGCUGCACCCGCUGCAGCGCCAGCGAAGAAAGGCCGCAAGCCCAAGGAGGGAGGUGCCGCCAAGAAGAAGGCGUCCAAGCCGACCCACCCGCCUACGCUGGAGAUGAUCACUAAGGCGAUCGCUCACGAGACGGACCCUAAAGGUGUCUCAGUGAUGGCUAUCAAGAAGUACAUCCUGGCGGAGUACAAGGUGCAGCCGGUGAUGCUGCGUCACAUGCUGCGGCGUGCCUUCGACGCUGGACUGGCUGCCGGUAAGCUGACUCGACCCAAGGGCCAGAGCGAGUCUCACCUCCUGUCUGGACGCUACCGGCUGGCCGGAAAGGAGCCCAAGGCGAAGAAGGUGGAGGUCUCUCCCAAGCCGAAGAAAGCGCCCAAAGUCAAGUCCCCUGCCAAGAAGCCGGCAGCAGCAAAGAAGCCCAAGGCGAAGACCCCGAAGAAGAAACCAGCAGCUGCCGCGGCAAAGAAGGCCAAGUCGCCGAAGAAGGCCAAGUCGCCGAAGAAGGCCAAGUCACCGAAGAAGGUGAAGACGCCCAAGAAGCCUGCUGUGAAGAAAGCUCUCGCCAAAAAGAAGACCCCCAAGAAGGCAGCGAAAAAGGCGUAAAUCGGUGUUUUAUUUUGUGUCGCUCAAGUGUACAAAGACCAGUGUAAAUACCAUUGUAUGCUAUCUGCCACCAGUCAUACAUUUUGUUCGUGCGUCAAACGUGCUGUUACAUUUGUGCGAAAGAUCUCGCCCGAGCCGCUGGUGCGGUUGCUUCGCGUGCUGUGAAUCAUGUCAAAAUGCGCUCGUGAACGGUGAAAGACAAAGCCAGUUGCCCGUCUUUCUCCAGCUCAAGCUGUUCUAAUGAUAAUAAAGAAUAGCGUGUUGUACUA